AUGUCUGUAGAAGAGACCAUACUCAAAGAAAAACUAGAUACACUCAAGAUUCACCUACACAAGGACGAAGACUCCGCGAAGGACGUCAAGUUGUCGCGAUGGAGGAGGACCCUGAAACUGUCGCCUUUGCUCCUUCUGUAUUUUAUUGUGUCCUUCUGCCUCGCAUUUACUGGCCCUUUUACGUCCUCUCUGACUGCUGAGAAACGACUGGAGAAAUGGCAGAUCGCUGUGAUUUUCGGCAGUUCUAAAGUCACGAUAUUCCUGGGUACCAUCCUUGUCGUGGCUGUUAUGAAAUAUCUGAAACCUCAUUGGCUUAUGGUUGUGUCCUUAAUUGGCGUAUCAAUUUCGCUGGCUAUCACAGGGUGCCUUUCAUGGAUUCCUGAAGGCAGUGCCUUCGUAGGCACCUCAACUUUGAUGGGAUCUCUGUACGGUUUCUUUUAUGCCUUCUUCACUGUCACACUCUACUCGAUGGCCACCUAUAGAUGUCAGCGAAGCUGCGGCAUCAUCAUUUCCACACUUGAGUGUUUCUACGGAGCUGGUACCAUAAGUGGAGCCCUCGCCGGUGUUGCAGUCUCGAACUCGUGGAACUACUAUAUCUCCUUCUUUGUAAGCGGAGGUCUCCUCCUAGCCGGACUCCCGUUCCUCAUAUUCUGCUCACCAGGAAAAGACGUCGAAGUGACGAGGAAUAAUCCAGACCAGAACUACUUUCGUUUGAUCGGGAGCCCUCCCAUGGUAGUGGACUUCCUCAAUGUCCUGCUAGCGACGUCAGCGAUAGGAUUUCACGAUGGCACUUUGGAAUAUCGUCUCGAAUACGAAGAGGCUGGUCUGGACCCUUUCUAUUCUUUCGACCUUCUUUCUGCAAGCCUCGUAGAAAGCCCGUAG